UAUGACAUUUCGUGCAUGUGCGCAUCUUGUUGUGAUGUUUUUUGCAGUAUAUUCAAAUUUUCUCUACGUAUAAUAGGAACAAAAAUUCUCAAAGUAAAUUUAUCUACAAAUACUUCUAUUAAAAAAACAAUUAACAGUGGUCCAAAAUGGAAAAGGCUAAAAAAGGAAUGUCAGAUGAAGAACGAUUGCAGCUGGCUGCAAAACUGGAUAACGAGUUGGAUCAAUUCAUCAAUUCACUAGAAAAGCGACGUUACACGGAAGGUUGGCCAGAGGACCGUUGGGAGGAGGAAAUGGCGAAGCACCCAUUUUUCAUGCAAAAGCCACCGGAACCAGGUGAAGAGCUUAGUCCACUGAUGGAAGGAUUGCAGCAGCUCAAAUAUGACCCCGCAGAAAAUACAGCCCAAGAGCUAGCCGAUGCGUACAAGGACGAUGGGAAAUUCUAUAUGCAACACAAAAAGUUCCGCAUGGCUGUUCUGAGUUACACGGAGGCAUUGAACUUUGAACUGGCGGAUACGGAGUACAAAGCAGUUCUGUAUAACAACCGAAGCGCAGCAAACUUUUUCAUCAAAAACUAUCGGUCAUCUCUGUUGGAUGCCCAAAAAGCUUUCGAAUUAAAGCCAGACUACGACAAAGCCCGCUGGAGAGCUGCUCAAUGUGCUAGUCUACUGAAUAAGUAUGAACAGUGCGUUUGUCUGUGUGAUCAGAUUUUAGAUCGAGACCCGGGAAAUGUACUAGCACUUGAACUUAGAAAAACUACUCUAGCCAAAAGAGCAUCUAAGGAACGUGACGCACGUAAAGCCGCUCAGGCCGAACGCAAUAACCAGGCUCAACAGAUGAGGACGAUAGAACAGCUAAGAAAGCGUAAAAUUAAGUUCGAAGAACAUGAUGCAUUGACAAAUGUUAAACGCUUGAAACCUCGGCUUGCUCCUUUGGAAGAUUUUAUGGUAGAAGCUGAUAGUAAUGGAGUUCUUCACUGGCCAACAGUGUUUUGCUACCCUCAGUUUUUGAGUACCGAUUUUCAACAACAGUUAUCUGAAGAAUACACAAUGGAAGAAGUUCUUAUCAACAUGUUUGAGGAACCGCUAAACGGAGACGAAGAUGGUGUGUAUCUGCCUCAUAAUUUAAAUAUUUAUUAUGAAGACCGGUUAGCUGGCUGUGUACAUAAGGUGGACACGAAAAAGCAAAUAAAAGAUAUCGUUCAAGAGAAAAGAUUUUACGUUUACGAAGGAACACUGGUGUUUUUCAUCCUCCCCAAAGAUUCGUCACAGGAACGAGAGUUUUUGAACCAAAAACGAGUACCACUAAGCUAAGAACAAUAAACCAAAUGCCUUUUGUAGCCGAACUUGCAAUAUUGCACUGUUUUUACCACAAAACAUUCAUAAUGAAAUCCAAAUUUAAACUAACUUAUCCAUAAAUAUCAAAUAAAGUUUUUUUUAUUUAAAACA